AAAUCCUCUCUCUCUUUCUGUGGAAAUCCUCACCAAUGGAAAUUCCAUUUUCAUCCCUGAUCCUCUUUGAAGCAUAAAACCCAGAAAACACACAAAUUUUUCAAACCCCAAUUUCUUUUUCUCUCUCUCUCUCUCUCUCUCUCUCUCACCCAAGAAAGAAAAGAAAAGGCCAAAACCCCACCAUGGCUGACAAGAAAGAACCAGAAAUGAAAAUCCCAGUUUUCACAGUUCUUAAAAACGGUGCCAUCCUCAAGAACAUCUUCAUUGUCAACACACCUCCAUCACCAACCUCCAUUUCCCAAGAUUACGAAGAAACCUUAGUUGUUGGACGACACCCAGAUUGCAAUAUCACCUUAACUCACCCCAGCAUCAGCAGAUUCCACCUCCAAUUCCAUUCAAACCCUUCAAUCCAGCACCUUUCUCUCAUUGACUUAUCUUCAGUGCAUGGGACAUGGGUUUCUGACAAGAAGGUGGAGCCAGGUGUGCGCGUGGAGCUCAAGGAAGGUGACACUGUGAGGGUUGGUGGCUCCAGCAGAGUCUAUAGGCUGCAUUGGAUUCCUUUGAGCUGCGCUUAUGAUUCCGAAAACCCAUUUGUGCCACCGGCAUUUGAAGACAAAGAAGACGAAAAUGCGGAGGACAUUUAUCAGGAUGUUAAAUCUUUGUCUAUUGAAGAGAGAGAUUCAUUGGUAGUGGAAGGAAAAGAGGAAAAUGAAUAUCAGGAUGAGAAUUCUUUGUCAGUUGAAAAUAGAAAAAAUGAAUCACAAGAUUUAAGUUUGGUGGAGCUAGAGUCUUUAUGUUUUAAUGAGAAGUUGGAACUUAUUGCGAAGAAAGAAAUACCAUCAGCACCUCCAUUGCCUGAAAACAUGGUAUUUGAUGAAAUGGAAGGAAAUGAGAGCUUAUCAAGAAUUGAUCAUGAACUGAAGGAAAUUUUUGGCCUUUGGUCUGGGCCCUUGGAACCUAGAGCUGAAUUGGUGAACUUGUCUUUUCCUGUUGGGGGAGAAGUUAUAUCAGAGAAUGAAAAUCGACAAUUGGAGGAAGAAAGUAUGAGCUCAAAACCUCAUUCUGUCACGGAAGUGUUGUCUGAAAGAGAUGCGCCUGAGAGCUCCUUAAUAAGUUCAGAGCAAGAAUUUGAGCUUUCAGUAAAUAGAGGUUCUCCAAUUUAUGUUCACGACGAAGAUGAAAUGCAUUCUGUGGCCGAAGUACCUAAAGAAACUGAGAACAUCUCAUUGGGAAAAGACCGUAGCUAUUGGUCUGGACCUCUAAUGAUGGAGAACUUGUCUUUGCCGGUUGAGGAAAUUCCUGUAGUGACUAAUAAUCAACAAGUCAAUGAAGAAAACCAGACCCCACAGUCUGUCUUGGCUUUGCAAUCACCAUCUAAUGGAGGAGUGGAAGAAAAUGGCACAACAGAACAAGAAAUGAACUUCCUGCUGAGCCUGGAGUAUGCAUCUUCUGAUGAAGAGGGCAAUCCAGAAGCUGAAUUACUUGAAGAAACCAAAAACCAUAGUGUAUCAAGGAAGAGCAAUGAAGUGAUGGAAAUAUCGGGCCUUUAUUCUGUACCCAUUGCAAUAGAAUCUGCUGAUUCAUCUUUGUUUGCUGGGGAAAUUCUUGUAACAGUUCUCUCAGAGUUUACAGAAAACAAAGAAAGCCAGAGUCCACAAUCUGUUGUUAAUGCAGCAGGACUAUCUGAAGUAAAAAUAUCAGAAAGCGCCCCAUUACAAUCAGAAGAAAAAUUGAAUUCACGUAGCAUUUGGUCAAGAAGAGGUAAAGCUGCUAGUGUUCCUCUGAUUCAAACAGGUGAGAGUAGGAGUGAGAUCAUCAUGGCUGGCAUUGAUGCUGAAGUUGGAACACAUAAUCGGGAGAAUACAGAAAAUAAAUCAAUUUCAAAGGCUCUUUUCACUGGUUUAGAUGAGGAAGAAGAAAUCUUUACCCCGAAUAAGGAGAAUUUCACCCCAAACACUCUUUUAGUGAAGUCCUUGAAAAAGAACAGUAGGGUAGAAGAAAUUAAGCACUCAAAGGCUCUUUUCACUGGUUCAGAUGAGGAAGAAGAAAUCUUUACCCCGAAUAAGGAGAAUUUCACCCCAAACACUCUUCUAGUGAAUUCCUUGAAAAAGAACAGUAGGGUAGAAGAAAUUAAGCACUCAAAGGCUCUUUUCACUGGUUCAGAUGAGGAGGAAGAAAUCUUUACUCCAGAUAAGGAGAACUUCAGCCCAAACACUCUUCUGGUUAAGUCCUUGAAAAAGAAGGUUACAGUAGAAGAAACUAAGCACUAUAAGUCAUGCAGAUCAUCCUCGUCAAAGGUUACUUUCAGCCCUGGUAUCCAUCCAGAAGAAGACACGACUGCCUCUUUAGACAAACAGAACCAUACACCAAAAGUUCUCCAAGAACGGAAAUCAGCUAGACCAACCUCAAGAAAUCGAGUUAGGUUGGAACAAGGGAUAAAGAGGAGAUCAGAUAGGGUUCCCUUUCAAUCUUUACUGGGGAAGUCAACAGGCAAAAGCAGAUCAGAGGCUUCAGUCCCUGACACUGCAAUGGGAAGCUGCAAUUCUGUCACCAGUACUCAAACAAUGGUGAAGAAGGUCACUAACAUCUCUUCUAACAACUCCAAUGGAGAGGCUGGGAGAAAUUGGAAUAUGAUAGUGGACACUGCUGCUCUUCUGAACAAGGAGUCAAGGAAGACAUUGCAUCUUUUGCAGGGUCUUAAGGGAACUCAUUUGAUCAUUCCAAGAAUGGUCUUAAGGGAAUUGGAUUGUCUGAAGAGACGUGGCAGUCUGUUCAGAAGAAGAACAGAGGCUUCUUUGGUAUUGGAAUGGAUUGAAGAAUGUAUGGUGAAAACAAAGUGUUGGAUGCAUGUGCAGAACUCAAUUGAGGAGGCAAGGGCAAUUGCUCCUACCCCUCCUGCUACGCCUCAAUCUUGUUUUAGCCAGGGCACUAUGGGGUUUUCUUGUGGGAAACCAAGCUCGAUGCCAUUUUCAAACCAUUGGAAUUUAACAGAAAUUGUUUCACCAACAGAAGAUGACCACAUCCUUGACUGUGCUCUUUUAUACAGGAAAAUGAAGAAUGAUGGACGUCUUGUCCUUCUCAGUGAUGAUGUUACACUGAAAAUCAAAGCCAUGGCAGAGGGUUUGAUCUGUGAGACAGCACAGGAAUUCCGUGAGAGUCUGGUGAACCCCUUCUCUGACAGGUUCUUGUGGGCUGAUAGCUCUCCCAGAGGGCUUACAUGGUCUUACAAAGAUGAUAUAGUUUUAAGGGAGCAGUAUUAUCGCUGCCCCUUAAAGAAGUCAGCCAAAGGAGAAAGUGCAAAGGGUUUGAAGCUCAUUCUGCAUCAUAAUUCUCAUUAUGGGCAGAUUUAUUCAGUCAGAUAAACAAUUCAGUCUGUAUUUUUUCUUUGUUUCCUUUUUGGGACGAUUCAGCCUGUAUUGCAGUAGUGGCUGGUACCUAUAAUAUUCUUUGAACUAAAUGAUUAUAGAAAUGGAGCUCUUUAGGUCAAUUCGAAACCUGGGAUUAUUGUUUUUCUGCUGCUACCUAUAAUAUUCUUUGCACUAAAUGAUUAUAGAAAUGGAGCUCUUUAGGUCAA